UAGAAUCUGUGAGAUAAGAUUCCUUCCUUCUUCUUCGAUCGCAAUUCUUCCUUCUUCUUCGAUCGCAUUCCUUUGUCGAUCUAAACCCUAAAUCCCCAAAUCCUCUCCUCAUUGAAUCUGAAGAAAAACCGAAGCUCUGUGUUGCUUAAAAAUUGAAGCUUUGAUAGGAAAAAAAUCGCGAUGCAUCGCAGUUUUUCGGCAGCCGCGACGCCGCCGCUCUCUUCCUCCUCCUCUCCUCCCCCAUCCUCCGGCGACUUACCCGAGAUCCCCGAUGCCUGGUACGGCAACAUCCAGUACCUCCUCAACAUCUCCAUGAUCGGCCUCCUAUGCUGCGUCUCCAUCUUCCUCUUCCUCAAGCUCCGCAGCGACCACCGCCGCAUGCCCGGUCCCUCCGCUCUCCUCUCCAAGCUCCUCGCCGUCUGGUCCGCCACGUGCCGCGAGAUCGCUCGCCACUGCGGCGCCGACGCCGCUCAGUUCCUCUUGAUCGAAGGCGGGAGCUUCGUGCUUCUCUUCUCCAUCGCCCUUUUGGCUCUCUCCGUUAUGCUUCCUUUGAAUCUGUACGCGGGGACUGCUGUGUUGAGCGACGAGCUUUCGAAGACGAUGAUCACGCAUAUCAAGAAAGGCUCGGCCUUGCUCUGGCUGCAUUUUGUUUUUGUGGUUGUUGUUGUGGUGAUUUCGCAUUUUGGGAUCUCGGCGAUUGAAGCUAGGUUGAAGUUUACUAGGUUUAGAGAUGGGAAUGGGAAUGUGAGUGACCCCAAUGCGGAUUCUACUGCUGUGUUUACUGUAAUGGUGCAGGGCUUGCCUAAGAAUCUAGGGUCUGAUAGAGUAGAGUUUGAAGAGUGUUUUCGGCACAAGUAUCCUGGCAAGGUUUAUAAGAUUAUUGUUCCUAUGGAUCUGUGUGCGUUGGAUGAUCUAGCAACGGAGUUGGUUCGUGUUCGGGACGAGAUCACUUGGUUAGUUGCCAAGAUGGACUCUAGGCUGUUACCGGAUGAGUAUGAGAAUGAAGGAGCUGAAGGAGUAUUGUCUUAUGUGUUUGCUUUGUGGGUUAAGGUGAAGGUUUUGUGGGCUCGAGUUACGGAGAGGUUUGGAUUUACAGAUGAUGAGAAGCUGAGGAAGCUGCAAGAGUUGAGAGCUGAUUUAGAGUCUCAGUUAGCUUUCUAUAAAGAAGGACGUGCACAAGGCGCUGGUGUUGCGUUUGUGGUGUUUAAAGAUGUUUACACAGCUAACAAGGCUGUUCAGGAUUUCAGAAACGAGAGGUCGAGGCGGACUGGGAAGUUCUUCUCUGUCACAGAGCUGCGGCUUCAGAGAAACCAGUGGAAAGUAGAGAGAGCACCCUUGGCAACUGAUAUUUACUGGAAUCAUCUGGGGUUGACUAAGAUCGCUCUUAUCGUAAGAAGAGUGAUUGUUAAUACUAUUCUUCUGUUGAUUCUUGUGUUUUUCAGCUCUCCACUGGCCUUGAUAAGUGCAUUGGUGAGUGCCGGGAGGAUCUUUAAUGCUGAAGCGUUGGAUAGUGCUCAGUCUUGGCUCACUUGGGUGCAAACCUCUGGCUGGAUCGGUUCUCUGAUUUUUCAGUUCAUGCCCAACGUGUUCAUAUUCGUUAGCAUGUACAUUAUCAUCCCUUCUGCUCUCUCCUACCUUUCCAAGUUCGAGCGGCACCUAACUGUCUCAGGUGAACAAAGAGCAGCUCUCUUGAAGAUGGUUUGCUUCUUCCUCGUGAACCUCAUCGUGCUAAAGGCUCUCGUCGAGUCGUCGCUUGAAAGCGCGUUCUUGAAAAUGAGCCGCUGCUAUUUAGACGGUGAGGAUUGCAAGAGGAUUGAGGAAUACGUGAGCCCUUCCUUCUUAUCAAGGUCAUGCGUCUCUGCUCUAGCUUUCCUCAUCACGAGCACGUUCUUGGGAAUCUCCUUUGAUCUACUCGCUCCAAUCCCUUGGAUCAAGAAAAAAAUCCAGAAGUUCAGGAAGAACGAUAUGCUUCAGCUAGUCCCCGAGCAAAACGAAGAGUACCCUUUGGAAAAUCAAAGUAACCUUGAGACGCCGCUUCUCCCUGAAAACAUGUUCGAGUCUCCAAGAUUCGGCGACGUUGAACCUAUGAGCCAAGACCUCGCUGAGUACCCUAUCAGCCGAACCUCACCGAUUCCAAAACAAAAGUUCGACUUUGCACAAUACUACGCCUUCAACCUCACCAUCUUUGCCUUAACAAUGAUAUACUCUUCGUUCGCUCCACUCGUGGUCCCUGUAGGCGCGGUUUACUUUGGUUACAGAUACAUUGUUGACAAAUACAACUUCCUAUACGUGUACAGAGUCCGCGGCUUCCCUGCAGGGAACGAAGGGAAGCUCAUGGACACGGUUUUGUGCAUCAUGCGGUUCUGCAUCGACCUGUACAUCGUCUCCAUGCUGUUUUUCUUCUCUGUCAAAGGAGAUUCCACGAAGCUUCAAGCGAUUUUCACGCUUGGGUUGCUUGUGAUGUACAAGCUUUUGCCUUCGGAUACAGAACGGUAUCACCCGGCUCUACUCAGGAGUAUUCAGACCGUCGAUAGCAUCGUCGACGGGCCAGUUGAUUACGAAGCUUAUUCUCAACCCAACUUUGAUUGGGACACUUACAACAGAUGAUGUUUCUGUAACCUUAUGACUUAUUAGUUUUGGUCUUUGACCACCAUAUCGAGUUUUGGAAUCUGUUUCUCUAAGUUACGGAUUCUCUUUGUAAGUUUGUAUAUCCCUUUUUGUGUAUAAUCCAUCUUUUGAGAGAAUUACGUUUCUUGCAGUCA